CUGGCUUAUCAUGCUGGCAAGUGGUUUAAAUAUCUUGACUAGAUCAUUAGUGCUUCAGCUCACUAUCAUUAAUCCACUAAUCUCGUUUGCCUCUGAGUUGUAUUUUCAACACAACUGUGGACGUGUAGACUGUGGAUGUUGAUGAUGGUCUGGUUUUACAAUCACAUGUCUCAAGUGAGGUAAAGACGCAUGGCGUCAUUGGAACACACACUAAAUUUAGCUCUAAAAGCCAGAUUACGAUUGGUCCAUCAGCCUGCCAGUGUUCAAGCUUCCUGGGACCUGAUGGGAUUAUUCCGUGGUGUGGACACAGUUUGUGUGCCGUGGAGAGGAUGUGGUUCUGCACCGUUCAUCCUGUUUUUUGAGUUUCUAGUAUAUUCCUUGUCACAGAAUAAACAUUUGAAGUUGCAGGAAUAAUGGGCACGGUGCUCUCUGUCUCCCCAGUGUUGCAGGACGAAGUGGAUGAACGCAAGAGGAGAGGCCUGAGCAAACCGAGGUUGAUGGUAUCAACCUUCGGUUUCAAGAUGGUUAAGCAGAAAAGUAGCAAGAAAGUCAACCCACAUCCAUUUCCGACCAUCCAUAUCGGAGAAGAUUUGAAAGCACCACCCCAAAACUCUCCACCACAGUCUGGAGAAACCGAGGCAACAUCCCAAAAACUGGAACAAACUAAACUCCCAGUAACCAAGCAGCAGGAAGACGUGCAGAAAAACCAACCAAGCUGCCAGGUCCUCACGCCUCCAGUCCGCAUCACUGUCCAAGCCUCCACAGGUGAGCUGCUGCUCUGUCUGGGUCGAUUCCUACGCCAUCGCUGCCUUAAAAUCGCUGAUCUAACCUCAAACGAGGUGAUCGCCUGGUUCAGGAACGUGGACCAGACUCUGUUGAUGCAGGGCUGGCAGGAGGAGGGCUUCAUAACACCUCCCAUUCUCGUCUUCGUCUACCUGCUGUGCCGGGACACCGUGAGCGAGGACAUCACCAGUCCAGGUGAGCUCCACGGCGUCUUUCUCACCUGCCUGUACCUGACCUACUCUUACCUGGGCACCGAGAUCUCGUACCCGCUCCAGCCCUUCAUUAUCGACGCUAAUAAGGAUGUGUUCUGGCAGCAGGCUCUGGGUGUCAUCGAUAAACUCAGCUCCCAAAUGCUGAGGAUCAACAUGGACCCGCAGUUCUUCACUGAGGUUUUCCAGGAGCUGAAAAAUGAAGGAGAAGUGAAGAACAGGAAUGGUCUGGACCGCUGAAAUUCCAGAUUUGGGAUUUUUCUCAUUCUUCUGAAUUGAGGGAAAAGUUUACUUUGUCAUCCAUGUCUUAAUAAUUUUUGUUGCUUUCAGCAUAAAUAAUUUGAUGGUAAGAAUUCAGUCAAUGAGGUGGGUCUGUGUAUUCAUUACAUUUAUAUUUCUUAAGGCAAAAUGGGGAGCGAGUUUGUUUUUAGGCAGGAAUAUGAGCUGCUGAGGCCCGACUCAAUGCAAUGUAAAUGUAGACUCUUGAUUUAAAGAGUCUGAGUAAUCUCUUCUCUUUCUAGAGCUUCUGUGAGAUGUUAGUUGGGGUCAAGGACAGUGUUUUUCACAAAUCACUAAAGUUUGUUGUUGUGGACUCGUACAGAAGGUUGGAAAAGUCUGAGGUCAUUUAAGCCCCAAAGUUAGGUUUAAGGUUAUGAUUUACAAACAAGCAAUAGGAAAACAUGAGCGGUUUUUAUAUUUAUUUUAAAGUCAAAAAAUGCUCUUCAAAUCCCUCAUUGACAUUUUUACAUUCGGAAGCAAAAAUAACUCAAAUGCAACUUAAAAGGAAACAAGGCGUAUUGAUGCUGUCAAAUAACACCAUAAGUAUCCAAAGUACACUUUGUUUAAUGAGAAAUUAAUGUUUAUUUAUCUAUUGGUCAUUCCGUGAGCCACUACAGGAUGUGGCAUGUUUUCCAAUUUUCUCUUCUUCUUUUUUUUAAAUUCUUUUUCAGGAGAUUGUCUUGUACUGUGUUGCACUGAACUUUAAAUUUGUGAAAUCCAAAUGUGCAGACUUUUACUUUAUUUAACGAUUCUUUGCUCUAUUUCUAGUUUUUUGUUAUGAAUUUUGGA